AUGGCUUCGACUAUGAAAGAUCGCCGAGAUUCCGAAUCUGUAAGUUGAUUAGUCCAAGUUUAGGUAGUAUAAUAUAAAAAAUUAAAUAGAAGCAUUAUUUUUGAAGUGAAUAUGCAGUCAAACGUUAAUAGAAUUGUUUUCAGUCCAAUUCCUCGUCGUUUGAGAACGUUUCCAUGGCCGGAUGUUCGGAUUUUGAUAUGGAUGAGGCCUCAGUUUCCACCAGAUCCGAUCCAGAACACCAAAUCUCGAAUAUCCGGGAAACUGAUGUCAUGGAGUCAUCUACAGUGACUGCGACCGAGCCCGAAGCCUCUGAAAUUGAGGCCAACGCGGUCAUGGAGACCUCCACGAUCACCGCUAUUGAGCCGUCUGAUGAUGAAUGUCUUGUGGAAGAUCUAGAUAACACAAGAGAUGGAGUCCCUGACAUUCCUACUGAACCAGAAUCUGAAGAGGACUCUGAGGAAGCAGAGGGAUGCAAGGGUGGCUACUCUUACAGUGAUCUGAGCUCAGAUGAAAAUGAAAAAGAUUUGAAUGACUGUGCAGAUGAAAGUGGAUGUUGCUGUGAGAAGAUCGACUAUGCUUCGGAUGUAUUGAAUGAGAAGGUUAAUGAGAUCUUGGCGAAUGUUAUCGAGGGCGCUGGAGAGACUGUUCAGAAAUUGGAAAGGGUUAAUAGAGACCUCCAGGAGAAGAUCGAGACUCAUGAUGCCAUUUUAAAUAUCAAAGAAGAAAAGAAUAAUAAUGAGCAGUUGAUCAAGUUCAUGGUGGUGAGUGUUUUGGCUUCUUUUUUCACAUUUAGGUUGUCAAUAAAGACGAAAAUUGGUGACUGAAGAUAUUUAUGCCUAGUACAGUGUAAUUUGGCAUUAAAGCACGUUUUUUCAGGUUGUUGGUAUUGUUGGUGUGAUCGCCGUUCUGAUUCCUCUUUAUAUGGCACAAAACGACCGUAAGUUGACAAUUUUUGAAAAAUUUAUUUUUGGUACCUAAAUUCCCAUGAAUUCAAAUUCUUUUUUUAGGCAGAGAGGCUGUGGUACUGAAACAACAACUGGUUGAAGUCCAAGAGACCGUCAAGACUCUCCAGAAAGAAGUCUCUCAGAUCCACAAAGAUAUUCAAUAUUCGAAAUACGAAGAGACCAAAAGAGCCAACAUGGAGAUGAUCCAAAAUGUGACCAGAGGACUUGGAUUAUUCGCGAAGAAGUUUGCGGAAAAGGCCAUGAAUAUAACCAAGAAGAUGUCGACUUAUGUUCAGAACAACUUCGACAAGAUUCCCCAAGUGGAAGUGGUUUCUGUAGUUCGUCAUGAAGUUCAAGACGAAGAGCCGGCCAAAUAUCCAUCCUUCUGUUUCUCCAAUCUCUUCUUCCAGGAGAAAGAUAAGAAGACUUGUAUUCUCUUCAAGUUAUUCCGUCUUUGA